AUGUCCUCAUUGCCAUCACCUCCACCAUCGCCUUUAGAUCACAGACGCCAUCGCAGAAGCGAUAGCUUUGCGUUACUACAAGCCAUCAUCAAAGAAAGAGAAAAAGAGGAACAUAAAGAAGAGGAAAUGAUGAUAAAAUCAAGAUUGUUGCGAUUCAGUUGUCCACCAAGCACAAUGAAUCAGAAAUCACUAGACAGUAGCAGCAAUGUUCAUAACGCCAGCAAAGACAUCAUUAUACCACACAAGAGCCUUUCGCACCAUUCUGUUAGAUUUACAACAGAACCACCCAAAGUAUAUCAUUACAAUUAA